AUGGCAACGUCUAAACGUAUAAUAAUCAAUUCAAUUGCUGUGCUGAGAAUACUUACUCUCUCGGCAUGCGCAGCUUCCCUUGCGCUUAUUGUUACCAACAACUUCAAACUUGAUGGAGACAAAACCAAAUUCAGUGACAUCAAAGGCUUCAGGUACGUGUUAGCAGCGGCAGCAGGGGGAGUGCUCUAUUCAUUAAUUCAGCUGCCUUUCGCAUUGUAUCAAGCCGUGAAGGAGAAGAGGUUGAUCACCGGACAGUUUCUUCCCGUAUUUGAUUUCUACGGAGAUAAGGUGAUAGCAUUUUUCUUGGCAAGUGGAGUUGGGGUGGGAUUUGGAGUCAGUAUUGAACUCAAAAAAUUCAUAGACCAAUUGGUGGAUGGCUUCGAAAGUUUAGGUGUAACUGGACUGGACGAGUUUGGGGACAAAACCGAAAAAUUUCUAGAUAGGGGAAUUAUUGCCAGUGGAGUCCUCCUUGCUGGUUUUGUUACCAUGGCUAUACUCACCAUUCUUACUUCUGCCUACCCUAAAGGAAGAGGCUUUUAG